AUGCCUCGGAGCCAGAAGAGUAAGCUCCAGGCUGCUGAGAAAUGCCGCCAGGCUCAAGGUGAGGCUCAGGGUAAGGGUGCUCAGGCCACAGCAGCAGUGAAAGAGGAGUCCACUUCCUCCUCUUCUCCUCAGAGUGAAGAUACUACCCAGAGUCUGCCUCAGGCUGGGUCAAGUAGCACUUCCCAGUGGUGUCGAAGAGCACAAGCCACCACCAUUACUUCUACAGCCGUUUCUUGCACUAGAUCUGAUGAAGGUUCCAACAGCCAAGAUGAGAAUAGGGCUAAGGCAAGCCCCUGUGAGGCCCCAUACUACACUGAGAGCACAGGUGAAGAUUCUUUGACCAGGAACCCUGGCUUGUUGGAGCAGUUCCUUCUGUACAAGUAUAAAAUGAAACAACCCAUUUUGAAGGAAGACAUGCUGAAGAUUAUUGGCCAAAAUUACGAAGACCAAUUUCCUGAGAUCCUCAAGAAAGCCUCUGAGCGCAUUGAGAUUGUCUUUGCAGUUGAGCUGAAGGAAAUCGAUUCAACCAGACAAUCCUACAACCUCAUCAGCAAGCUCAAACUCCCCAACAAUGGGAGGGUACGAGCUGGCCGGGGGUUACCCAAGACCGGUCUCCUGAUGAAUAUCCUGGGAAUGAUCUUCAUGAAGGGCAACUGUGCUGCUGAGGAAGACAUCUGGAAAUUCCUGGGUAUGAUGCGAGUAUAUGCCGGGAGGAAGCACUUCAUCUACGGAGAGCCCAGGAAGCUCAUCACCAAAGAUUUGGUGAGGCUACAGUAUCUAGAAUACCGCCAGGUGGCCAACAGUGAUCCUCCACGCUAUGAGUUCCUGUGGGGUCCGAAAGCCCAAGCUGAAACCAGCAAGAUGAAAGUCCUGGAAUUUCUGGCAAAAGUCAACGAUACCAUCCCCAGUGCUUUCCAGUCCUAUUACGAAGAAGCUCUGCAAGAUGAGGAAGAGAGAGUCCAAGCCAGAGUCAUGGUCAGGGCUGGCGCUCUUGCCAAAGUCAUUGUACCUUCUAGGGCCAUGCCCCAGAAUAUCUUCCCACCCCUAGUAAAGCCUGAGCUCUGUUAUCCUCCAGAUAAGAAAAUAUAACAUCACAGUAGGGAUUAUAGUAUUAGCGUCGUGAAAGAAUCCCACAGUAAAG